AUGGAACAGGCAGCAGACUUAUUAUAUAAGGAACGAAAAAUUCGUGGUUUUUGUCAUCUUUAUGCUGGACAGGAGGCUUGUGCAGUUGGACUUUAUGCUGCAAAAGAUCCGGAAGAUUCUGUCAUCACUUCGUAUCGCUGCCAUGGAUUUGUCUAUCUAACUAGGAAUCUAAAAGAAAUUUUUUCGGAAUUACUUGGCCGUUCACAUGGUAAUGUCAACGGAAAAGGUGGUUCGAUGCAUAUGUAUGGCAAAAACUUUUAUGGUGGUAAUGGAAUUGUCGGUGCUCAGCAACCAAUUGGCGCUGGUAUAGCUUUUGCAAUGAAAUAUAAUCGAAAGCCAAAUUUAUGUUUCACGAUAUAUGGUGAUGGUGCUGCAAAUCAGGGGCAACUUUAUGAGGCGGCAAAUAUGUGUGCUUUAUGGCGUUUACCGUGUGUUUUUAUUUGCGAAAAUAAUGGUUUCGGUAUGGGUACACCUGCUUCACGUUCUUCUGCAUCAACCGAUUAUUAUGCCCGUGGUGAUUAUAUUCCCGGAAUUUGGGUUGACGGGAUGGAUGUACUUGCGGUACGAGAGUCGAUUAAGUUCGCCAGGAAAUAUUGCAUUACUGAUGAUAGGGGUCCAUUAUUUAUUGAAUUUUCAACUUAUCGAUUCUAUGGUCACUCUGUUGCUGAUCCAGGAAUCAGCUACCGAACUCGUAAGGAAGUGCAGAAUAUUCGUAAAACAUCCGAUCCGAUCUCUCUAUUAAAAGGUAGAAUUCUUACUUCAAAUUUGGCUACGAAGAAUGAAUUGAAAUCAAUUGAAAUUGAAGCGAAAAAUGAGGUGGACGAAGCAGUUAAAUUUGCGAGGGAUGAUCCAGUGAUUUCAAUAGAUGCACUUCUCACCGAUAUAUAUCACAAUACGCCACCGAUAAUUGUUCGUGGGCGUACGAUGGAUGAUAUUAAAGUGCAGCCGUAUACUCGAACAAGUGAUAUCAUUUAG